UAUUUCUAGCAUACUCAACCAUACACAGCAAUAACAUUCACUUAAAUUACAGAGUUAAGCCUCUCAACAUACAUCCAAAUAAAAGUAUGGUCAGACAUCUUGCUGCCGUUCUCGCCAAGCAAAUUCUUCGCAGAUCUACAAGUAAAGCUUCCUCAACACAUUCAAACGUGCCAAAAGGUUUCCUAGCCGUUUAUAUUGGAGAGACGGAGAAAAAGAGAUUUUUAGUUCCGGUGUCCUAUCUUAACCAACCCGCGUUUCAAGAUCUGCUUAGCAAAGCAGAAGAGCAGUUUGGAUUUGCACACCCAAUGGGCGGUUUGACAAUUCCUUGCCGAGAAGAGACUUUUAUUAAUGUCACGUCGAGCUUGCGGUGAUAGUAAGACCAAGACACCAAAUUAGUUUAGUGACAUAGAAAAACAAUUUUGUUAGGCCAAAUCAAUGUAAAUAUUCAACACUGUAUAGUAACAUGUUUUUCCUUUUGAAAUACUAAUGGAAAAACGUAAAUGUUAAUUAA